GUCAACUUUACUGCAUCAAUAUCAAAGGUGCAGAGUGGUGCGGACUGUAGACACGUUUGCGCUACUGUGUCGUAGUUCGUAGUGCAGCCAAAAUCUGUUGAUUUCUCGUCGUAAAAUAUGUCGAAGAUGCGGAUGAAAGCAGUGAGGUGUCCCACGGACGAGCUCAGUCUCUCCAACUGUGCCAUUAUCAACGCCGACGAUUUUCCUGAUGAUGUCAGGCAUAUUGAAGUAACUACAGCACCAAAUUAUCAUUUCGUAUUUACUGUAAGAACACAUCAUGAGAUUCCACGUGGCACAGUUGGCUUUAGCUUACCUCAACGGAAAUGGGCAACAUUGUCUCUCAAUCAAGAAAUUGAAGUUCGGCCAUAUCAUUUUGAUCCAACUUCUAACACAGAAUGUUUAUGCAACAUUGUUUUGGAAGCUGAUUUUCUACAGAAAAAAACUGUCACUUUGGAACCAUACAACACGGAUGAAAUGGCUAAGGACUUCUUGAUGCAGUUUUCCGGGCAGGCAUUCACCGUGGGUCAGCAGCUGGCAUUUCAGUUUAAGGAUAAGAAACUGCUUGGAUUAGUCAUCAAAAGUUUGGAAGCUGCCGACUUGUCAGCCAUCAGUUCGGGGCAAAGUACGAUGCCUAAGAAGACAAAAAUGGGACGUUGCUUGGGCGACACUAUAAUCCAGUUCGAGAAAGCAGAGACCUCCAGUUUAAAUCUUGUUGGACAGUCUAAAGGGAAAGCUGUCCGACAGGCGAUUAUCAAUCCAGAUUGGGACUUUCAGAAAAUGGGUAUUGGUGGCUUGGAUAAGGAGUUUAGCGCCAUUUUCCGAAGAGCCUUUGCAUCCCGUGUUUUCCCAACGGAGAUUGUUACUCAAUUGGGUUGCAAGCAUGUAAAAGGAAUCUUGUUAUAUGGUCCACCUGGUACAGGAAAGACGUUAAUGGCUCGGCAAAUAGGUACAAUGUUAAAUGCAAGAGAACCGAAAAUUGUAAAUGGCCCACAAAUUUUGGAUAAAUAUGUUGGAGAAAGCGAGGCUAAUAUCAGAAGAUUGUUCGCUGAAGCAGAAGAAGAAGAAAAAAGGCUUGGACCAAACAGUGGACUUCACAUAAUCAUAUUUGAUGAAAUAGAUGCUAUUUGUAAAUCUCGAGGUAGUGUUGCUGGAAACACAGGGGUUCAUGAUACAGUGGUUAAUCAGCUUCUUGCAAAAAUUGAUGGUGUCGAACAAUUAAAUAACAUUCUUGUUAUUGGUAUGACUAAUAGAAGAGAUAUGAUCGAUGAGGCUUUGUUAAGACCUGGCAGAUUGGAGUUGCAAAUGGAAAUUAGCUUACCAGACGAACAUGGACGAUAUCAAAUUCUUAAUAUCCACACAUCCCGAAUGAGAGAAUAUAAAAAAAUAGCGCCUGAUGUAGACUUAAAAGAAAUGGCUACAUUAACCAAGAAUUUUAGUGGUGCAGAAUUGGAAGGUUUAGUUAGAGCAGCCCAAAGUACCGCCAUGAAUCGAUUAAUUAAAGCUUCUAGUAAAGUGGAAGUAGAUCCAGCUGCAAUGGAAAAACUUAUGGUAUCUCGAAGUGAUUUUUUCCAUGCAUUGGAACAUGAUGUUAAACCAGCAUUUGGUACAAGUGCUGAAGCAUUGACCCAAUUGUUAACUCGUGGAAUUAUUCACUGGGGAAGGCCAGUGGUUGAAAUACUCGCUGAUGGCGGUCUAUGCAUUCAACAAGCUCGGGCGACUGAAGGAUCUGGACUUGUUUCUGUUCUUUUGGAGGGACCACCAAACAGUGGAAAGACGGCGCUUGCCGCACAAAUUGCAAAGAAUUCAGACUUUCCAUUUGUUAAAGUUUGUACACCCGAAGACAUGGUCGGUUUUAUUGAAUCGGCAAAAUGUCUUUCUAUACGAAAGGUGUUUGAUGAUGCAUAUCGUUCGCAACUAAGCUGUAUUUUAGUUGAUAAUAUUGAACGUCUUCUGGAUUACGGCCCAAUUGGACCAAGAUAUUCUAAUCUAACAUUGCAAGCACUUUUGGUGUUAUUAAAGAAAUCGCCGCCGCCUGGCCGUAAAUUAUUAAUUCUAUGCACUUCUAGUCGCAGACAAGUUUUAGAUGACUUGGAAUUACUUCCAGCAUUUAAUACUAUUCUUCAUGUGCCUAAUUUGUCAAGCCCUGAUCAUUUGUUAAGUGUGUUAGACGAAGUUGAUCUCUUUUCAAAACACGAAAUGGCUUCUUUGCAUGCAAAGCUUCAAGGAAAACGAGUAUUCAUUGGUAUUAAGAAAUUGCUUUGCCUAAUAGAUAUGGCGCGUCAAGUGGAACCAAGUUACAGAGUUGCAAAAUUCUUAUCGAAAUUAGAAGAAGAAGGUGGUCUAGAGUAAAAUGUAUUCCAUUUCGAACUGCGUUACUUUGGUAGUAUAGAAAAAGAAAAGGCGAAUGUUUUUGAGUAUAAAGUCGUUUCAAAUUUAAAUCAUUUAAGUUGAAUCGACUUUGAUCACCCAAAACGAACGCAUUUUCAAAUUGUAGUAAUUUAAAUGUAGAAAUUUAUAGCUUCUGUGUAUAAAUGAUAUAGAUAUAAUCAGUGAUAUCUAGAUCUUCUCUGUGUUACAAUGAGUUCCCACAUAACAGAUAGAUAAUAGAUGA